UGUAAAUAGACACAAUAGAUAUAGAAAAAACUGACACAGGAAGAAAGAGAUAAAUAAGUAGAGAGAGAAACAAAGAGAGAGAGAUAUAAAGAAGAAACGGGCGUUUUAAGACAGUAUUUGUGCACGGAACGCUUAAAGCCCUCUCAUUCAAUGCUUCACCCAACUCAUCACCACCCCUCCUUAUUCUUCACCAUCAACCCAUUCACAUCCUCCCCCUUCCCUCCUCAUUCCACCACCACCACCGCCGCCACAAAACCCUCUUCUUCCCAACCUAUUCAGGCUGAACAAGGCAUGGAGGCGUUGAAAAGCAGUUUCAGGCCGGAAAUGGCGGUGAAAGCGGCGGCGACGAACCACCAGGCGUGUUUGGAUGACUUGUGGAUGGCUAAUGGUCAAAACGGUGUGGUCUCGGGCGAUGAUUUCUUUGUUGACGACCUGCUUGACUUCUCGGAAGAAGGGCUAGUCGAAGAAGAAGAACAAGAAGACCAUAAACAACAAGACAACAAGCCUUGUUGUCUCUCUAUUUCUUCGCCCAAACUACAGUCCCCAAAAGCAGAGAAAGUACAGCCCUUUGACUCUGUCAAAGACGAUUUUGGGUCCGUCCCUGGCAGCGAACUUAGCGUACCUGCCGAUGAUUUGGCGGACUUGGAAUGGUUGUCUCAUUUUGUUGAGGACUCUUUCUCUCUAACAUUUCCCGCCGAAAAGCUGACACAGGGCCGCUCUGAAAAAGAAACACCGGUCUCCGACAAGCCCUGUUUCGCCACUCCGGUUCAGACGAAGGCGAGAAGCAAGCGAGUUCGGGCUGGAGGACGGGUCUGGUCACUCGGGUCGCCUUCUCUGACGGAAUCGUCUUCCUCGUCUUCGGCUUCGUCGUCUUCAACUUUGUCAUCACCGUCCAAUCCAUGGCUUAUCUACACCGGCCAAACUCAUACCGCCGAGUCGUUUCUCGGAAAACCACCCGCCAAGAAGCAGAAGAAGAAAAGCCCGGAAGCCUCCGCCGCCGGCGGAGGCGGUGUUAUGGGUCAGUUUCCGCGGCGGUGCAGCCAUUGCCUUGUUCAGAAGACCCCACAGUGGCGAGCCGGUCCGCUCGGUGCCAAAACCCUAUGCAACGCCUGUGGGGUCCGUUACAAAUCGGGUCGGCUCUUACCCGAAUACCGCCCCGCUUGUAGCCCGACGUUUUCAAGUGAGGUUCACUCUAACAACCACCGGAAAGUGCUGGAGAUGCGGCGGAAGAAAGAGUCUGCCACCGGUUUAGGUCCUCCGGUUCAAAGUUUUUGAAAAUUCAAAUAAGAUAAAGAAAAAAAAAAGGGAAUGUAGACAUGAACCGGUGUCAGUGAAACCGGUUCGAAUAGCACCGGUUUGGUUGAGUUCAUCACAAUGUACAUUUUUUGUUCCAUCAUGGUUGGUGCGGUAGGUUUCUAGGCAGGUAACUGAUUUGGAGAGACUUUAAUGUACUCUUUUUUUUUUUUUAAUUUU